GCAGCCUCCACUCGCCAGCUCACCUCACAGCUUCCUCCACCUCAGCUGACCAGGAGCACGCUACGCGGCGGGGCUUCGCCAUGAACAACACGCUCAAGGUGGUGGUGUGGGUGGCUCUGGCGCUAGCUGCCAGGGCGCGCGCCGGCGGCGUCACCUACGUGUCGGCCCCGCAGCCGGCGCCGGGAGCCGCGCCCCAGCAGUACCAGGCGCAGCAGCAGGCGUUGUCCGCCGGGCAGUACCAGGCGGCGCUGGCCGCUGCUCAGCAGCAGGCGCAGUACCAGGCAGCGGCAGCUCAGCAGCCAGUCCAGUACCAGGCGGCGGCGCAGCCCCAGUACCAGGCAGCAGCGCAGCCCCAGUAUCAGGCGCAGUACCGCGCGGCUGCUCAGCAGCAGGCACAGUACCAGGCUGCAGCGCGCCUCCAGCCUCAGUACCAGGCUGGAGCGCAAGCUCAGCCACAGUACCAGGGCGCUGGUGGACAACCUCAGUACGCAGCAGCUGGGCCGCAGCCACAACCUGGUAGGCCGCAACUGCCUGAGGACUAUGACCCAAACCCGCAGUACCAGUUCGCGUUCGACGUGCGUGACGACCAGUUCACCAACUACCAGAACCGCAAGGAGCAGCGUGAGGGCGACAAGAUCUCCGGCAGCUACAGCGUCGUCGACUCUGACGGCUUCAUCCGCACCGUCAAGUACACCGCCGACCCACUGGAGGGCUUCAAGGCUCAGGUGACGCGGGAGCCCACCGACAUCGUGGUGAAGAUCCCGACGCCGACGCCGCCGCCGCAGGCGCAGCCGCUCUCCAUCCCAGCGGGGCCGCAGUACAUACAGGGUGGAUCGGCAGCCGCGUACCAGCAGGCGCAGGCGCAGGAGCAGGGCCAGGCGGCGGCCCAGCAGAGGGCGCUGCCUCCGGGGGCGGGCCUGGGCGUGCUGCCCCCGGGCGCCCGCGCCAAGGCGGUCGGCUACAGCGCGCAGCAGCCCGGCGCGCCGCCCGUCCACUUCCAGGCCUACCAGCAGUGAGCGCAGCCACGCCACGCCGCCUCAUCGCCACCUCAUCUCGCAGUCACCACCAGUAGAAUCACAACACGAUGUAGUACCCAUCAUCUGUCAACCAUACCUGCAGUCCAGUCCAAACAGUUAUAACCCUUUAUCGACUGAUCCAUUCCUUUAAUAAUUAUCUCUGCUAUUCUUUAUCUCAGAAACAAUACCCAGCAACCUUCAACGUUGCCUCUAAUGUCUAUAAAUUCAGCAAUUGAAUCCUCUCGUUGCCAUUUCUUUAUCUUUGGACCUUCACACUGCCGGGAAGUAAAAAUGUAUCACCAUCAAGGACAAGGUCAUUUUAGUGACAACUGAGGUGACACGUCAUUGUAAAAGUAUACGGUAACAAAUUCAGACCAAAUGAAAUGCACAGGUCACAGUAAAGGGUGGCCAAACUAUCGCAUCUGUACACAUAGAACUCCUCCCCUCCUCCCCCACCCUU